AUGUCUGAGGACUUCAUGUGCGUAUUGACUAAAGAACUCAUGGCAGAAGACUUAACCGAAACAUCCGUGGAGGUUGAUCCCUCCGAGCCCAUGCCGCCCGGCGCAACGGAGACCGAUUUAGUAAAGGUCAAGGAAGAGGGAAAUGCCGCUUUCAAGGCACAGUGCUUCCCAGAAGCAAUUGAGCACUACACGAGAGAGAUCGAACUUGACCCCUCCGAGCCGACGUACCUCACGAAUCGUGCUGCGGCGUACAUGGCGCUCAAAUGCUUUAAGCCGGUUCUCGCUGACUGCCAACACACUGCCACACUUCAGGCCGCCCCUCCCUCACCGAAGACUCUCAUCCACUUGGCGUGCAGCCAACUAUCCACCGUUCUACCGCACCUAUGCUGUCCAUAUAAGAUCGAAUGUUCACAUACUCAACAUUCACGCAAAGGAUGA